AUGAGUACUCCAUUACAAGAAGCCAACUCUACCAAUGUAACCAAAAUCGAUGUACCUCAAGUUGCCGCUUUUGCCUGUAUCGGUACUAUUACUGUUGCAACUAAUUCAUUCUUAUUAAUUGUGCUUGUUAGUAAACGGCAUUUAAGAACUGCAUCUAAUACUUUAUUGGUUAGUACAUUAAUUGUUGGCAUCCUUUUUGCCUUGUUAUAUUUAAUACCGCGAUGGGCUAUCCCUUACACCGGCCAGUUACCUAUUUUAUGCGCGCUUUUGCCAUCAAUUGGCCAAGCAUUCUUUAUUAAUAUUAAUCUUCAUGUUUGUAGUAUUAGCUUAGAACGAUAUAUAUGUAUCGCUAAUCCAUUUUUAUAUGAUCGAAUUGGCAAAAGGAGAAAUUUUAUAAUCUUAAUAAUCUUACUUUGGGUUACUUCAACUAUUUCUCAAUUUAUACCGUUAUUCACUUUUAAGCCUAUUAAAUCAACAUGUUACUACUGGGCCGACGACUUGGUUGCUCAAAGAUAUUUCCUUAUUGCUACAUUUGUCAUUUUAUUCUUCGUACCACUGACAAUUAUUGUAGUAUCGUAUUGCCGCAUUUACGUUAUCGUUAACCUUCAUGUUGCACAAUUCCAACAAAUAGUUAAGCAACUAAAUAGUAAUAAAGAGAAAUUAACAAAAGAUAGGAAAGCAAUCAAACAAAUCGUAGCCAUGAUUUCUGUAUUUAUCAUCUCAUUUCUACCUUUCGUAAUUGAAUUUUUGAUCUGGCAAGAUAAAGAAUUUGAAGGGUCUGAAGCUGACAUUAUUACUUUACGAGUAACACAAUUUUUGGCUUUUAGUUAUCCUGCAAUUAGUCCCCUUUUAUGUUGUUGGUUUAAAGCUAACCUACGUAGAGAAGUUAAACGGUCGUUACAUUUGUGUUGGCAACGGAAUGAUAGUACUAGUACAACGACUGCUAACAUGAUUAAUUACGAAAGCCGAUACAGAACUAUUGAUUUUAGUACUCGUCCUUCAAUGGCCUUACUUCAAGAAGAAGCUAAAAAUGGUAAAAAAUCGUUACCAGACUAUAGCGAAGCCAAUGAAACCCAUAGUCCUUCAGAGAAAAGUGAAGGAAACGAUGAUAGUUCAAGGAAUCAAGAUGUCAAAGUCAUAAACAAUUCCACUAUAGUUUAG